AUGAAUUGGUUGCGCAAAAUUCAGAUCCAAUUGAGAGCUUUUGAGCCAAAUGCAACCUCUCAACAAUUGGCCAUGAGUGAUAAUACAACUAGCUCUUCUCACCCCAGAGACAAUAAGCACUUGUAUUCUCAUUUGAUACUGGCUCUAGCAUGUGAGACGGUCCAACACAAACAAAUCAUAACCAAACAAACACUAGUAAACUCUCCAACCAUUUUAAAUAUCUACAGAGACUUCAAAGUUAGAACGAACAAGCCAUUCAAGGGACUGUCAAGUAGGUUGUUGAAUGAUGCUGAGUACCAGUAUCUAGUUCCGCUGGAAGAGGAUUCCCAGAUGGACGUGUUUGACGAGGAUGACGAAAUUUUGGAUGAGUUGAAUACAUCUAUGCCCGAAAUGCCUGGCAUAGAGCCAUCAGAGAAGGAGGAGGAUCCAAAUUUUGAUUUCACUCAGGUGCUUGUAAAAUACCAUUCGGUUCAGAUUAAUGGAGUUGAUUUCAGAUUUAAGUCGGCUGUAAGGUCAUCCUGCAUUAUACGAGCUAGUUUAGCGCAAGAGGAGGAUCAUAUUCUCGUGUCGUUGAAAUCGGGGUUUCUACUUUUACUAAGGGUAUUUUUGGUCCCUAAGCACAUUAGAGACGUAGACUAUGAAUAUCAGCCGUCGUUGCAUGAUGAAAACUUCACUUUUAAGCCAUUUAUUGUUCAAUGGUGGAAUUUGCAGCAGAGACACAAUUUUCCCGAGCUAAACACAAGUGGGUUCAUCCUCAAGUCAUCUCCAUCGGGACUUUCGGCCGUAUCAUGUUCAGCAUCGCAGUCAUUUCGCAUCUACAAAACAUUAGAGCAAUCUAAUGCCGGUACAGUUUUACAGAAUCAUUUGAACGUUCCAUUAGAGGGAUUGUUGGUUGAUUCAUGCUUUAUUGAGUCAAGAUCAGCGAUACAGACCGAUAUGUUCUUGACACUAAUAUUUACAGAACAAAGAAGAUUAUACAUCAAUUUAUUUUGCUGGUUUAGCUUUUAUUCUGGAGAUGGGGGCAUAUCAAAAUCAACUCUUCCUUUGGAGAAUACAUUCAAGAUACCAAUAUUCAUUGCACCGUUGCUGCGAAACUCUGCUUUCCUUUUCGUAUCCCCUAAUAAGUUGACCUUUAUAUCUGUUCAUGAUAUCAUAUCAGGCCAUUAUGAGUUCCAGGCAACCGGCUUUCGAGCAGAUUCAUAUCCUACAAAUUUUUAUAUUCCAAAGUCACAGAUAAGGAGUAUGGGCGAUUGUGAGGUGGACGAAGUACUCCUUUCUUCAAAUAUCGGAGUGAUUUAUUCGGUUUUGAUUUCCAAAACUGAGAUCGAGUCCAUAGAACCAAUUGCCAGAGUUUCAGACAGUAUAUCUACAUUUACUUUUGAAAGAAUUUCUGAGGGGUACGAACUAACUUACGCAAGUGCAAACGGAUCAAACAAGAUUAUUAUAUUAAGUGACUUGUUCGAGCGAGAGUAUACAUGUGACAUUGAGGGUGAUACCAAAUUAGUUUACUCCAAGGCUGCUUAUCAGGAAAAUUUAGACAACUGGGCUCCCAUAGUAGAUUUUCAGAUUGUUCCUUCAACACUUCCUGGUAAAAAUGAUUUUUUGAAUAAGGAUGAGCUCUGGGCCAUCACCGGGUCCUCAUCGAAAUCUAAGCUUUCACACAUCAAAGUUGGUUAUUAUAGCGCAAAACAGGAGGAGUGCUAUCCCGAGCUCAGAAAAGUUGUUCGGUCCUGGUAUUUAAAAUUUCAAUCAAGAUUGGUUUUGGUAUGUGCAUUUCCAUUUGAGACUAAGCUCCUUGAAUUUGAGGGACUAGGCGAAGAAGACGUCGUUGAAGUUGAGGAUGCUGAGAUUUGCAAAGAAGAGCAAACUGUUUUUUGCGAUAUUGUAAACUUCCUGAAAUUUACCGAUAUCAUGAUCGAUGAUAUGGAUUAUAUGAUUCAAGUCACUACAAAUUCAGUGGUAGCUACAAAUUUCACAUCAUCAUGCACCUGCAUUACAAAUGAAUGCAUACUAUUCGCCGAGAUUAUUGCGAAUCAUCUUUUCUUGAUAGUUGAGAGAGAAGCAAAGACAGUACUUUGCAAAUAUAAACUCGAGCCAACCUCCGCUUUUUCCGAUUCGGCUCAUGUUAUCGAUUCUCACAUUGUCUCUGAGAUGACUUUAGCUUUUCAGCCAUCGAUGAUGAAGAAAUGUGUAGUACGGGGUAACGAUGUGCUUACUGUUGGUGCGUAUGAAGGUCUCAUCCACUUCUACUCACCAAACGAAAUUCCUUUUACAACAAUGGAAAAACUUGUAAUUAACGAUGUGUUUGGAAACGCCUCAAGUUUUGUCCCCCAUGAUUUGGUAUUGAUUAAGAAUGAGAUCUUUGUAGGUACAGCAGAGGGAUAUUUGGCUCGAUUUUCCCAAGACAGUCUAAUACGUAAAUCGUUUUUGCGAAUUGGUGACAGGGAGAUGAGAAUUUAUCCAAGUAAAGAUGAGGAUUUCAUUUACAUCCAAUGUAGAGGUCUAUACAUGUUGGACUUGAAAAAUAACAGCUAUCCAACGCUUGUUCAAUUUAACGAUCUGACUCCGAAAGCUGUAAAUACAUUGGUUGAGUUUCCAGCUACUACCGAAUUUUCAACAUACAAACGAUUAGGACUUUUCAGAAGCAAUGGAUUUGUUAUGACGCACAUAACGACAUAUACUCAGCCCGUGGUUAAACAAGUUCGUAUUCCAGAUGAAUCUAAAAAGCUACUAUUUUUACCGCACAUUUCAGUAUUUGUUUUGCUCUGUGGAUCACGCCGAGGAAAACUAAAGUUUGUAGAUCGACAAACAUACAGAGUAAUGGAACAUUCAGAAGUCACUUCAAGACGAUCAAGUAGAGAGGAGGUCUUAAGCAAGAACGAGGUUGCUCUUUGUGCUUGUAUUUGGACAAUUAAGCGACAGGAUAGAGAAACUCACAAAUUACUUCUUGGGUGUUCUAAUAACUCAAAUGACAAUUCCAGUGGCCUGGUUAAAGUUUUGAGUGUAAGAAAAGUGAAGACCAAUGAGGUUCCUUCUGUCAGCGUCUUGGAGUUGUCAUCUUUUGAUCAUACUGGACCGGUAACCCAUAUUCAACAGGUCGAUGAUCGGAUAUUUUUCACAGACAAGCAAACAAUUUACUUCACGUCUUAUGAAGAGACUGAGAAGAGGUUUACACGAGUUCAAUUUUUCAAACAAUUUCCCAGUGAAAUCAACUCAAUGAGUGUGCAUGGAAACAAGAUUUUGAUUUGUACAAGGGACGAUUCAUUAUUUCAAUUGGACACCUCUUUACUGACUGAUGUCAUAGCUUGUUAUCCUAAGUCUUUUCCAAUGAUCGGACAGGUAAAUCUCGAAGACAAGGUUUUUGCUAGUGCUAAAAACUCACUGAUAAUUAUCAUGGAUGCCAGUGAGACCACAUUGUACCCAUUAAAGGGGACAAAAAUACAUAUUUCAGGUAUUACGAGACUAGCAUUAGCCAACUUGAGUAAUCCUUGGUUCGAAAACAGUGAUGCUGGUAAUGUCGCUCUUGGUGUAACAGUAAGUGGUGAGGUCUUUAUACUACGAUUAGUGGAAGAGCACGGCAAAGAGAUUGAAGAGCUUACUGCCAACUUGAACAAAAAUUCAGCGUUUGAUUUAUCGUUGGUUGACCACUUGAAUAAAUUGGAUCGCCCCUUUAUUGGAAAGUUGAGUGGGACAGGGUUAUUGUCUCUCAACAAGCCGUACUUUGACUAUGCUGAGAAUAGACAUGAUCCAAAUUCAAAAAUUCCAAUAGUUUUAGACUACGACCUCAAUGAAUUGGCUACCAAUUUGACAAAGUUUGAUAUCUGA